ACGACACUCUUUCUUUCUGUCUCCCGCCAGGAAUUGAAGACUGACUUCCCAGAACCCUAAUUCCUUUUCCCACCCCCGGGUCGCCCGUCGCCAACAAAGGCAAGCCUAAAGCUUUUUCUCGCUAUAAUUCUACCGGUGCGGGGCGGUUGGGUGGUGAUUGUUUUAUUUGAUUCUUCAGUAAUCAAGGAUCUUUUAUCUCCAGUUUAAAUUGAACCCAGAAUGCCAGAAAUCAAACCAUCAAUUGGUCUUUCAUGGCAGCCGAAGGUGCCGGAUUUCUCAACCGUAAACAAAACGGGAUCCGUGUCUGCUAAUAAGCUCCAAAAUCGACCCGAAAGCUGUGCGCUUUGGAAAUCCAAUUCAGAGCUCGUUGAUGGGCUCUUUGUUCCCCCGAAUGAUCCUAGAAAACUCAACAAACUAUCUAGAAAGCAACUCAAAGACACUGCUGGCAGCAACUGGUUUGAGAUGCCUGCUCCAACUAUCACUCCAGAGUUGAAAAAGGAUCUUCAAUUACUCAAGUUAAGGAGUGUUCUUGAUCCAAAGAGACAUUACAAGAAGGGUGAUUCAAAAUCAAAAGCUCUGCCCAAGUAUUUCCAGGUAGGUACGGUUAUUGAAUCAGCAACAGAUUUCUUCAGUGGUAGACUAACCAAGAAAGAGAGAAAGGCAACCCUUGCUGAUGAACUGCUUUCUGAUCCCAAUCUUGGGCGGUACAGGAAACGCAAGGUUCGUGAAAUUGAAGAGCAUAAUCGACCAGCUGGAAAUAAAAAAUGGAAGAUAAGGGGUCAACAGUCAUUUAAGCGGGCAAAGCAGAGAAGGCACUGAUGCCUUCAGCAUCUGCGGAGGUUGGCACAAUUGCAAUAGAUGCUUGUUUUUGUAUGAAGAUAGGAGAAGAGAAGUAGGGUUUUGAUAUGAAAUUUAAUGUAGUGUGGGACCUUUGGUAAAAGAGUAUAUAUAAGUUAGUAUUUAAUGAACAUUAUGUAAUAUUUGGUGAAGAUUAUAAUGUUUCUGAGAAGGUCCUUCUCAGUGGAGCAAGCUGUUGAUGUUGUGGCGCCGAUUCCACAAACCAAAUAGUUGGUGUUAGACAGAAAAAGUGUUGUGGUGGCUGCAAACCCAAACACGAGCGAAAUGAUUCUUCUCUGAGUUAAUCAUCUUGUAGAAGUUGCAGAAAGCCAUUAAUGACACAUUAACAUCGAGUUGUAUCAGCA